GAAAAUCACAUGAAAGGCAGCCACCGAUUGUAGAUCUAUUACAUUUGAGGAUGAGCAAGAGAUUAACAUUAGAAUAGUGUUGUAGUUGCCCUCUGAACCUGCAGUAAACUUAAUUUUGUAACAAAGUAGGAACCUUCAGUGACGCUUUGGAGGAUCUCGACCCGAAAUAUCAUCCAUUCCUUCACUCCAGAAAUGCUGCCUGUUCCGCUGAGUUCUUCGGCAGUUCCUUCCUACACAAAGUAGGAACCAUCGUGGGCAAAGAUCCUCUCGGAUAUUUGAUCGUGAGUGUGCAGGCGCCCCGGGAGUGACGCGCGCGUGCGCGCCUGCCGUGGAACGCCCCCGGCCGCGGUUGCCAGGGGCAACGUUUGUGCGGCUGUGGGCUGGCGGGGGCGCGUGUAGCAAGCGGACGCUGAGGCUGCGCCCGGACCCGACCCGACCCGACCCGCUGCAAAUGGCGGCGUGAGGAGCAACAACCCCGGCCACCAGCGUCCCACACUCUCCACGGCCUCGGAGGACAUGAUCAGGCACAAUCUGGCAGAAAGGAUGUCCCCUGCUGUAAGGUGAUGAAAUGAAGAAGUUAAAAGGAUCAAAAAGGUUUUCUAGGAAAGAACAAAAAAAGGAUGUUAAGAAGCAGCCUGCUAAAUCCAUGAUGAACGAUAUAAAAAUGAGUACAACUUCUUCAGACACAAAAGAAGCAAACGCUUUGGACAUCUCUGCAAAUCCUGUUGAACCAACCACAAGUAAUGCAAACAGAACUUUAGAACAUAGCAAAGGCGCUGAUAAUUUAACUGAUACUGAAAAUGACGAUGAUGAUGAUGAUAUUGAUGGUAAAAGCAACUCGAGAGAAGAAAAAACGGCACCAAUUGAGUUGAUGGGAGAGUUCUUGAAGGCAGUAAUGGAACGAGACUACAAGUUGUCAAGUAAGCUUUGCCAAAUGAUUCUCCUUUAUGAGCCUGAAAACCCAGAGGCCAAACAAUUCAAGGAACUUUUGGAAAUAAAAAUAAAGUUAGAUGAAGCUGCAUCAACUCAUCAAGAUGAUGGGGAAGAGAGUAAUGAAAGUGACAACAGUAAUGAAGAUGAUAGUGAAGAUAGCAAUGAUGAAAGUGAAAGAUCAGAUGAAGAAUCUAUUGCUUCAACUGAAAGUGAAAAUACAUAGACACCAACAAUUUCCAUUAAAAAUCUGGCUAAGUAAAUCUUUCAAGCAGUUUUCCCAAUAUGAGACAUGGUACAAGAACACAAUUCUCAGAGAAGAAAUGUACAUAAUAUGUUUGUAUGUAAUAUUUUAUAUUUUAUAGAAAUGUACAAAGAAGCUGAAACAAAGGUGUAUUUAGCACGUUCUACUGGACAAUUUGCAAUUAUACAAUUUGGAAGUUUCAACAUUAAUUCACUUUGACUGUUAAUACUCGAGAAAGCAAAUGAAUCAUUCUAAUGACUAUGUUUGAAAGUUGUAACUUAGAAGUGUUGAAAUUGUUUUAGAGUACAGAAGUAAAUGUUAAAGAAUUAUUUGUGAAUCAACCAAAUGAAUAUAUAUUUAAAGGAAACCAUGCAAAUAACUUGCAUUACUCUUGUUCCAAUAAUCUGGAAUGACAGUAGGAUACUAGAAUCUUUAGUCAUUGUACAAUAAGCACAGACUCUAUUUGUCAUACUAACUUUGCAUUUAUGAUGUAUCAUGUUGCUAUCACCUAAUUUUUCUCAUUCAAUCAAAAUAUUGAAGAGCUAAUAUUUUAACAAUGGUAAAUGUUUCUUUCCCCAACAGGAGGCAAGAAGUAUGUAUCUCUGUCUUGUGCAGUGUAAAUAAAUUUAUCCCGUUACAAAUUAAUGCUACAAAAGUGUUGUGUGGUGUACUUUUGCUACCUGGACAAAGCAGGUGGUUCACUUCUGCAUUUUGAACUGAAUGUUAAUAAUUUCUGUUCAAGAAACAUAAGGUUAGUAACUAGCUAUUGGAGCAAAAUGCUGCACUGGCAAAAAUAGAGUUUUGUAAUAUUUUCUUGAUACCUAUUUGUGCAUUGAAGAAUUAAGAUUCAUGAGAAGGAUGAGAAAAGUUGCUUUUAGAAUUUCAUGAACUAGUGCACAAUAGUUCUAUACACCAACAAUUACUAGUAUCUCGCCACCUAAAAUGUUUUGUAUUCUUUCUUUGGAAGUGAAUUACCUUACCUUUAACCAUUUCCCUCAUCUAAACCCUGGUAUCAUCCCGGCGAGCGGUCCUGGACAUCGGGCCGCCCGUAUCUGCAACUGCGGAGGGCUUGGGGAGACCCUGACCACGGGGAACAGUGGAGGAAGAAGACUGACUUUGGUGCCUUCCCACACAGUGGGAAACUUUGGUUCUGCUGUGUGGGGAUGUUUUGUGUUGAAUUCUAUAGUGUGUUGAGUCCUGUUUAUUUUUAUUGUAUGGCUGUAUGGGAAUUCAUUUCACUGUGCCAUCUGGCACAUGUGAUAAUUAAAUUUAUUUAUCUUGUAA